CCUGAAAUGUCCGGUGAUCGUGUGUUCCUGUAAAACGCGCCCUCGGCCGCGCUGAGGAUGGUUUCCAGUCACAGCCUGGUCCGUGGAGCUCGCUGACACCAGAGGUUUUUUUUUGUUUUUUUUAUAUAUGAGCAACAUGAGGGCGACGAGCACCAAACACGGGCCCCUGCGUGUGUGCGUCCUCUCCUGCUUCAUCGUCUUCCUGCUCAGCUCCACCUGCACCGGGGUCCUCUCCGGGCGGAACGCGGCCUCCCGGCAAACCGCGCUCAAGCGCAGCCGUCGCGGUGUUUCGAGCCCGAAGCAGGUUGACGCGCACCACCGGACGACGGACGAGCAGCGGGGGGACCAGAACGUGCAGUUCAUGCUUAGCUUGUACCGGAGCGCGGCGGAACCGGACGGGAGGCCCAAACAGCACCGGAAGUUCGGCUCCAACACGGUACGCCUGCUCAGACCCUCGGCCUCCACGGUGCACUACCAACCUGCGUCCAGAGACCACCACUACACCUUCACGGUUCAGUACAACCUCGACACUCUCCCCUCCGAGCAGCUGAUCAGAGCCUCUUUCGUCCACCUCCGCUCUUCAUCCCCUCCCUCCUCAUCCUCCACCUCUUUUUCCAGCUCCGCCCAGGCCCCCGAGCCGCUCCGCUGCAGAGCCCAGAUCCCCUCGCUGGGCCCGGAGAGCCAGGUCACCCUGGAGCCCCACGAGCAGUGGACAGAGAUGGACAUCACGGCACACGUUACGGGACACGUCCUGCAAAGGAAGGAGCAGGACGUGGGCGGACACCUGACCCUCACCGCCCAGUACUGGUGCACAGAACCUCGGCUCGCCGGAGAGGAGGGCGGCCCCUGGUGGUGGUGGGGGUCUCGUCUUCGAGGACGACGGAGAGAGGAAGCUCACCUCGAAGUCCCGUCUCUGCUUCUGUACUUGGAGGAAGAGAGGGAAGGGAAGGACUGGAUGGCGGAGCUGUUGGGGGCUGAAGGGAGAAACAUCAUGAGACAAAUUGGGCGGUUGCACCCUUCAGUACGCCGCCGCCGUCGCUCCAAAGACUCCUCGUCUUCAGAGUCAAAAGAUCCUUUGCUGGACGCUCUGAGAAACGCCCCGACUUCCUCGUCUUCCUCUUUUUCCUCCUCCCCCUCGGCCUCCAUCGUCCCCGACAUACCUAACUACAAACGCAAAACCAGCGUGCCCAAGAACCGCUGCAAGCUCCACUCGUUCAGCCUCUCCUUCGACGAGCUCGGCUGGGGCCACUACUUCAUCGCCCCGCCGGUCUACAACCCCCGCUUCUGUCAAGGCGACUGCCCGCGGGUGCUUCACAGCGGCUACCACUCCCCCAACCACGCCAUCGUCCAGACGCUCAUCAACGACCUGGGCCUCGGGGACGUCCCCCCACCGUCCUGCGUGCCUUGCAAGUACAUGCCCAUGAGCGUGCUGGUGGUGCACAAGAAGAAGGUAGAGUACAAGGAGUUUGAGGACAUGGUGGCCGAGUCGUGCACGUGUCGCUAAAAAGCACUCGGGAGCAAAGAGGACUAAAAGCGGGAGGCGGACUUGACGGGUCAUUUGAUCUGAAGGCGGCGGUGGCGGCUAACCAUAACGAGCUGGAGGCUGGAAGCAGGAAGUCGUUGUGGUUGCAGAUCCUCACCAUCACUGUGAAAGCACUUUAAACCGGCAGCUGCUGGAUGUGAACUCUGGGCUGUGCCGACGGGAGCGAGUCCCAGACUUUACGAUUGAACUGAUAAUAAUUGUAAUGUGAUUCUGAGCUGGUUGCUCCGUUUCACACUCACUGUCGUGUUUGCACUUUGCCGCAGAUUUGUGUUGGAAGCAUUUUAAGACACUUGUGAGUAAUUUAACUAAACAGGUUUGAGUGGUCAUUUCACAAAUUCAACUUCUGCAGAAAUUCGACUUCACACUUUUUUAAGAAAACUUUAGGAUCAACCACAAAUCGUCUCAUGAAUCUUUCUUUUCUCUCUGUGUUAAUGUAUCAAUUAUUUUUUUUCUGUAUCUCUUUUAUAAAAAAAAAAAUUGAAAAAAAUACCUGGUCUGUUUCACAUCAGGGAGAUGUGGGAGAUGCUGAUUUCUCAACAUCCUCUCUGGAUGUUGAGAAAUCAGACAAGCGAGUAUUUUUAUUGGACGAGGGGUCGAGCGUGUUGGAUGUAACUGUAAAGAAUUUAUUGUGAUGUUACUUUUUUUGCUGUUAACAGUCUCUACUUUUGCAUUUUGUACGUAUUUAUAACGGGAGGGGGAUUUGGAAAGGAAACUUCUUGUAGAGAGAAACUAAAGAAAAAAAAAAAAAGGUCUGAUAACGAGGUGCAAUGUUAAAGAAAACUAAAGUAUUGUAAUGGAGACAAAUGCAAUUUUUAUUACGAAUGAAAAUUAUUAAUAAAAUGAAAUGCAUGUUUUCUAAGGUC